CUCCUGCACGCUCGCACAGAGUGACGCACACACGUGCGGUCGUAGAUAACGAACGGAGCUGAAGCGCGAGCAGCCCAGACGGAAGAGUCCGGGGAGCGGCGCGUGGAGCGACCUGUGUUCCUCGCCCCGGAGCGCAGGGCGCGCGGAGGCCAUGGAUCAUAUCGGGAUUCUGGGGGCGCACUUGCAGCAUCACACGCAAGUGGAGCCCAUCAGCUUCGGCAUCGAUCAGAUCCUCAGUAACGUGGAGCAGAGCUGCAUGCUGGGCAUGAGGAUGCACGAGCCGGACUACGGACAUGCGGCCUAUAAUGGCAGCGCGAGCAGCGUGAACUCAGGCUUCGCGUGCGGGAACACCGGAUAUAACGGCACCAGCAGCUCGUGCGGGAUGGCCUCCCUCGGCGGGGCGUAUCACAUGAACAUGGGGAUGAACGCGAACGGGACUAACAUGAACCCCGCCGGGGUCAUCCGCGUGCCCGCACACCGACCUUUGAGCUGCGGGAACUCCUCUGGACAUCCGGGCAGCGCGAGCAUCAACAACCUGGGCUCGAUCACGUUCCCGUGGAUGGAGAGCAACCGGCGCUACACCAAAGACCGGUUCACAGUGUCCCUCUCACCUCUGACUGUGACGCGUCGUGUAGGUCAUCCGUACCAGAACCGGACCCCUCCGAAGAAGAAGAAGCCCCGGACGUCGUUCACGCGGCUGCAGAUCUGUGAGCUGGAGAAACGUUUCCACAGACAGAAAUACCUGGCGUCUGCUGAGCGCGCGGCCCUCGCCAAAGCCCUGAAGAUGACCGACGCACAGGUCAAGACCUGGUUCCAGAACAGACGCACCAAGUGGAGACGGCAGACGGCGGAGGAGCGCGAGGCGGAGCGGCAGCAGGCCAACCGGAUCCUCAUGCAGCUGCAGCAGGAGGCCUUCCAGAAGACCAUCAACCAGCCCGUCACCCCGGACCCGCUGUGUCUGCAGAACAGCUCUCUGUACGCCCUGCAGAACCUGCAGCCCUGGACCGAGAACACCGCCAAGAUCAGCAGCGUGUCGGCCUGCGAGUAGAGCCAGCACCCGGCCUCCUGCGGGGCGUGCGUGCCGGGGUCAGAGACAGAGACGGGGACACGAGUCCUCCGAGAGGCCCCGGUGCAGGACACUUUUGUAUGGGUCUGUGUUCGCAGGUCGUCUGCCUGCUCCUCUGUCAGACUGACAGACCAGAAACCAUGCUCCAGGCCCCCUCAGCACGUGACGGGGGUCCGCUCCUCAUCCGGAUUCUUCACGGGUCUGGACUGAAUCCACGCUCCAGCCCUCCAGAGAGCAGACUGAUGUUCUGGGAGUAUUUGAGGGGGGGUCGUGAUGACAGUGAGCUCCAUUGACACAGAGCCCACGAGAGGAGCAGGACGGUGUGACGUCACUGAGGUGUUGUACUAUAUUUACCUGUAAAGGACUUAAUGUUUCAUAAACAGCAUAUUUUCAUAUUUGAUGUUGGAUAAAAAGAAACGUGUGUUCAUGUCUGCAUUACUUUGUCUGUCUGUGUUUACAAGAAGACUUUUUACUCUGUAAUAAUGUCCACCCAGCACUUCUAUCAGCACCUUUACAGACUCACAUCAGCUGAAAGGACCUCACGUGAUGACUUACACUCACUGCGGGUAUUUGUCUAUUCCACCAUUAUUAUACAAUAAGAGUUUAUUGAAUUGCACUUUGCAGCUGCAUUAAACAACGACCACUUUUGACCACA